AUGUCACCUGCGGAAGAAGAGAAGAGCUUACCUCUUCCAGAGAGAUGGCCCCGAGCCAGCAAAUUCGCUCUGUCAGCCUGUGCAGCGGCUGUGGCAGAACUAGUGACAUUUCCCCUGGAUCUCACAAAAACUCGACUGCAGGUCCAAGGUGAAGCUGCUGUUCAUCGCAAUGGAGCUGCCGCCAGCCAGGCGGUCCCUUACCGUGGCAUGCUGCGCACCGCGGCUGGCAUCGUGCAAGAGGAGGGCUUACUAAAGCUGUGGCAAGGAGCCACGCCAGCCGUCUACCGCCACAUAGUGUACUCUGGCGUUCGGAUGGUUGCGUACGAACAUAUCCGUGAGUCCGUGCUUGGCAGGUCUGAGGAUAAAAGCUUUCCUUUCUGGAAAGCUGUAGUUGGAGGCAUGUCUGCGGGUGCCAUCGGACAGUUUUUUGCCAGCCCAACUGAUCUGGUGAAGGUGCAGAUGCAGAUGGAAGGAAAAAGGAAGUUGGAAGGAAAGCCGUUACGAUUUCGAGGAGUGCACCACGCAUUUAUGAAGAUCCUGUCUGAAGGAGGAAUACGGGGGCUUUGGGCUGGAUGGGUGCCAAACGUCCAGAGAGCUGCUCUGGUGAACAUGGGAGAUCUGACCACUUACGACUCGGUGAAACACUUUUUGCUUCUGAACACACCGCUUGUGGACAACAGUUUGACUCACAGUGUUGCCAGUUGCUGUUCUGGCCUGGUAGCUGCUGUUCUGGGAACUCCUGCUGAUGUGGUCAAAACCAGGAUAAUGAACCAGCCAAGAGAUAAGCAGGGAAGAGGUCUGCUGUAUAAGUCUUCCAUGGACUGCUUGAUUCAAACUGUACAGGGUGAAGGGUUUAUGUCUCUAUACAAAGGCUUUAUACCAACAUGGAUGCGAAUGGCUCCCUGGUCACUGGUAUUCUGGCUUACGUAUGAACAAAUCAGAAGGAUCUGUGGAGUUAGUUCUUUUUAA